AUGGAUUCUCAAGAUCAGCUACUCGAAGCUCAGGCGCAGAUAUGGAGUUGGGCGUUGAGCCACAUCAUGACCAUGUCAAGGAAAUGCGCCAUCGAGCUAGGCAUCCCCGACGCCAUCCACAAACACGGCCGGCCACCGCCCGCGGCCGCCGGCAUCUCACUCUCCCAGCUCACCUCCAUCCUCCAAAUCCCUCCGACGAAAGCGGACGCUUUCGCCUGCCUCAUGCGCAUCCUCAGCACCAAGUCCGGCGGCCUCUUCUUCUCCUGCUUUCAGCCACUGCCGGAAGGAGGAGGAGAAGAGGAGGUCGACCUGCAGCCCCACUACUCGCUGACUCCUGCGUCGCGCCUGCUGCUGAGGGACCACCCUCAGCAGCAGGUGGCGCUGGUGCUGCUUCAGCUCCACCCUGCUAUGAAGGACCAGUGGUCCGUCCUCAGCACCUGGCUCCGACGAGACCAUGACAUCAUCGUCGGAGCCAGUCAGAGCAGCACUGCUGCUGCUGCUACGCCUUUCGAGAUCGCAAACGGCAUGUCGUUUUGGGAUUACGUGAGUGGCGGCGGCAGCGGCGGGACCGGCGGUGAGGAGCUGAAGGCCCUGUUUCACGAGAGCCUUGCGAGCGACUCGAAACUGCUUGCCGGUGCACUGCUAUCGAGGUGCAAGCAUGUGUUCCAUGGCGUUGCGUCGUUGGUGGAUGUCGGUGGCGGUACGGGGACGGUGACGGCGGCCGUGGCUGAAGCGUUUCCGGAUAUGAAGUGCGCUGUUUUGGACCUCCCGCACGUCGUCGGGGAGCUUCAGGGGGAUCAUAUUGGUGUUGAGUUUAUCGCCGGGGACAUGUUCCAAAAUGUUCCCUCUGCAGAAGCCAUCUUACUCAAGUGGGUCAUCCAUGACUGGGACGACGAGCGCUGCGUGAAGCUGCUGAAGCUCUGCAGAGAAGCAGCAGCCUCGUCGUCGUCAUCAAAGGGUGGCGGUAAGGUUAUCAUCGUAGACAUUGUUCGUGGAAUAAACAACAAGAACGAGCUUUCAGGAUCUUACUGUGGGGAUGAGAUCGAGCAUUGCCUUGAUAUGCUGAUGAUGGCUCUUGUCAACGGGAGAGAGCGAGAUGAGAAGCAGUGGAAGAAGCUGCUCGUAGCUGCCGGCUUCUCCAGCUUCAAAAUCCAUCCAGUUCUUGGCGUCAGAUCCCUCAUCGAAGCUUUCCCUUGA